CAGCGAGGUUGGAACGAAUGAGAUGAGACCGCUAGGUCUUGUCUGUGAUGGUCAACGCCUUAGACAUCUUGAUCGAAAUCUAUCGUCAAGCCUUUCCUGCCGUGUGAGGGCCAAGCUCAUCUUUCACACGCCCCUCACCUUUUAGCGGCCAAAGUCCGUUGACGGACAUGCCGUCAAAGCAGCAAAUGCUCGUACUGUUCUCUUGUUACGCCCGUAUGACGCUUGCCAUCUGCCAUUGCUGUCGACACUCUUCCCUUACUCCGUCCUUGCUCUCUUCCUACCAUCCAUCUUCAGCGCUCACCCCAUCCUUCGUCCUCCGGGCACAUCCGCUGUGCUUUCGUGACGUUCGCCGACGUCACUGGCCACACACCCUCUUCUGUCACUCUUGGCCCCCCUGCCCCGGUCUCGUAGGACAUCAUGGACCUAAAAAAAACCGUACAACAAUCUGGGAGCAGCUAAAAGCGGCGUCGUCCCAAGAGAAACGAUCCAAUUCCGCCCUAGUUCGUGCUAGUUGGUCUUCUAAGCGCCGUUGAGCUCCCCGAGCCGUGUCAUUGGCUAGCGUGGAUAUGGCUGUCACCCACCCGUCAGGUCCAGUGUCUAUGAUUGGCCGGGAUCU